AUGCGGCGCCGUCCGGCCGAUGGCAGUCCGCCAGCCUGCGAAGCCCCGCGAGCCCGCCGAGGCGCUGCGCAGAAGUUGGGCGGGCGGGCGCGCUGGGCGAUGCUGGCCCUCGUGUGGCUGGGCUUGCUGCGGGCGGCGGCGGCGGCGGCGGCGGGCCUGCCGGGCUCCCCCUGCGAGCCGGUGCGCAUCCCCAUGUGCCGCCACAUGCCCUGGAACGUGACGCGCAUGCCCAACCACCUGCACCACAGCACGCAGGAGAACGCCGUGCUGGCCAUCGAGCAGUACCAGGAGCUGGUGGCGGCGGCCUGCAGCCCGGUGCUGGCCUUCUUCCUCUGCGCCAUGUACGCGCCCAUCUGCGCGCUGGAGUUCCUGCACGACCCCAUCCGGCCCUGCCGCUCGCUCUGCCAGCGCGCCCGCGACGGCUGCGAGCCCCUCAUGCGCCGCUACAACCACAGCUGGCCCGAGGGCCUGGCCUGCGACGAGCUGCCCGUCUACGACCGCGGCGUCUGCAUCGCCCCCGAGGCCAUCGUCACCGACCUGCCCGAAGAAGAGGUGAAGUGGAUUGACUUAUCCGACGAUGUGAUGGCCCAAGAGAGACCUCCCACUGCCGACUGCAAGCAUUUCAGCCAAGGUCGCUGCAAGUGUAAGAAGAUCAAGCCAACGCUGGCAACAUACCUAACCAAAAACUACAGUUAUGUUCUUCGUGCCAAAGCCAAGAGCCUGGAGAGAGGCAGCUGUAACGAAAUAAUCACAACUGUCGAAGUGAAAGAUGUAUUCAAAUCUUCAACUCCAGUUCCCCAUUCGCAAGUCCAUCUGUAUGCUAAUUCUUCCUGCCGGUGCCCGCCUCUUGCACCCAAUCAGGAUGUCCUCAUCAUGUGCUAUGAGUGGCGCUCAAGGUUGAUGCUUCUGGAUGGAUGCUCAGUUGAAAAGUGGAAGGAGCCGUUAAGCAAAAGGUUUAAGAGGUGGGAGCAGCGACUCCAAGAACUCAAGUUGCGAGCAGCCCACACCAAAAACCAAAAUGCUAGAAACUUCGGUCGCAGCGUGGUACCGAAGCAAAGCUCAAAGAACACCAACCCAUUGCAUGGUGGUCCUAAGAAGACCAAUAAGCCAAGAAGUGACCUGAAAGAAGUUAAUACCAGAAAAAUAUGAAUUCCAAAUUUUCCCCAGGAAAAGAUUCACUUGCAUGACAAAGGUCCCACCUGGCCCAAGAGACGGAUCUAUGUUCCUUGAACUCAUAAGCAUUCACAGCCAUGUCGCAGGUUGACAUUAUUUGCUGAGGUUUACAUUUUACAGGAUUUCUUUUCCUUUAAGCCACGGUCUUUGCACUGACAUCUGGUUGGUCGAUGAAAGCCAAUUUAUUAGGCAUAUAUUCAGAGUAGCCAGUCUGGAUUUGUUCCUCUGCUAUUCAAACAUGAGUUGGGCAGAAAUCUGUGAACACACCAAGGCUGGCUUUACACUUAUGCUCCAGAUGUGACAGCCACCAUUUCUCUUCUUUAUAAGCCCCACCAUGCAGAGAAGGCAUAUAUCCAAAACUUAUAUCUCACUGUGGUUCUUCGUUUUCUAGUGUUGUGCUGUGGUGGGAGUUCUUCACUCCUUCUGCACAGAGAGGGUGCUUUGUAUGUGUGUGUAAAACCUGUGGUAGUCUUUGUCAGGAGUCCCAAAGGUGCAUCUAAAGACACAGUCAUUCAUCCAUGUGAUAGUUUCAGGUUGGUAGCCAUGUUGGUCUGCAGUAGAAGAGCAGGAUUCGAGUCCAGUAGCACCUUAAAGACCAACAAGAUUUCCAAGGUAUAAGCUUUCAAGAGUCAAGCUCCCUUCAUCAGAUACAAGGGCUCCAUUCCUACCUAUAUCUGAUGAAGGGACUCACGAAAGCUUAUACCUUAGAAAUCUUGUUGGUCUAAAAUGCUACUGGACUCAAAUCUUGCUCCAAAAUAUCCCAAAUCACUUAUUUGUUGUCAAUGUUAAUUGUUGUAUGUCAAAUUUUCGCUAAAAAUGAGUACUUAAAAACCAAACAGAAAGCUUAGAAAGUAUACUUUGAUAUUUGCUCUUUGUAGCUUUUUUUUAAUGAAUGGAGGUUCUUUUCAAACACAAAACGAAAUCAGUUCAGCCUUGUGACUGGAAGUGUGGUUAAAUAGCAAGUCCGCUGUGCUGUUUUGAAAUGUCUUUGAAAGCUAAGAGGCAGACAUGUUUCCGUAGCCAUUUUAGCACCUCUGAAAUUGACCAGCAUGAUGUUAUUUUUGUGUUAGAGGUCUGCAUCGAUUUCUUCUGGAGUUGGUGCAUCCUAAUAAUUAUUAGAAUCCUAAUAAUCAGAAACUGCCAUUGAUGACAUUUUUGAUGCAGCAGGAUUUGGCUGCUUGUUCUUAAGCCCAGUGGUGUAAUCGAUUGUACUACAAACACUGCUGGGGCUUCCCAUUGUCAGCUAUGGGAUGGCGUGUGCUAGGAUUCUAGGUCUUCUACGAUUAGCAGUUGCAUCCAGUUGUGUGUGCGCUUUCCUGGGAUUGCAAAUCCUCAGUUUACGUAAGUUCCACUGGCUCUACAUUGGGGGUGUAAUACAGAGAUAGGCAUAUAAGAAACUACAUGUAUUAGCUGAGUGUUUGUUUGUACCAAAGGGGGAACUUUCUGAUCUGCAAACAAUGGCGUGGAGGCUAUACCUCCCUUCUGCUGGCGCUGCUCUUUGCCCUUUAUGGUCAGCUGAUGAGCCUGUGCCUCUUGUGCUGGGAUCGUUUUGGUUCCUUGAAAGAUGUUGGCCUUGUGCGAACAGCAGCGCCUUGCGCUGAAGGAAUGUGCCCUCCGCAGUGGAGGACAGCCUCCACCAGGAAUGAAGAGGAGUGUAAGCAGAGACACGGGAUAGGAUCCAAGCUCAUGUUUUUAAAGAAUGUAGAGUUCAAAACUAUACACUGGGCUUUCAUUUGAAGGGGAAUCCUAGAGCGUGGAUUUAUAUAAAAAUUUCCAACUAAUCAUGCUUGUCUGAUAGGUGGAUCUUGCCGGAUUGGAGCCAGCUUGUUUAGUACUGGGACGCCAAUGUCCAUGUAAUUCAAUCCUUUGCUUCCUGACUUCAAAACACUUUGCCUACAGGAUCCAUGGGGAUAGACGUGUAAGCAGCUGCUGCUUCUGUCUUUUCUGCUUAUUAUUGCCCUGAACCACCAUGGGCCCCGAGGCCCAGAUUUCCUCCAAUAUGUUGCUGCUUCAGUACCCCAGGUGGGGCAUCUGUCUGGCCCCAGGCCUUCUGGCAGAGCCUCCGUCACUGACCUCUGCCUGCCCUCUCUGCCUCCUGCCUAUGCAUCUUUUCCCCUGCCUGCUCAUUUGCAAGUGCUACAGCUGCUGGUUAUGCACCAGGGGAAAGCAUUUGCAUGGUGCAUGCAGGCCUCCUGAUGGCAACAGCGGCAGCACUUCUAGUCGCACCCCACCCAGUGCCAGGUGGCUGUGAGCAUGGGCAGAGGAGGGGCCCACAGGGUGGAAUACACGGGUGGGGACUGUGAGCAGGAGUCCGGCUGGUCUGGAGAGGAGGGGUGCUGCUGAGCACUCUCUGCCCAGGGCCCCUCAAAGCCUGGAACAGGACCCCAGAAUUUUGUACUGCUACCCUCAACACUAGGCUGCAAUGCCGGUGUGGGGAGGCUGUCUUUCUUCUGUCUUCAUCACUUUUGCAAGUUAUUAGGCAACGUGGCUAUGAAUAGCCUGGACUGACUGGCAGGUGGCUGCAUCCUUCUUUCUUUCCUCCCUGUGUCUUACAGAUGAACAGUGUUUUUUAAAAAAGAUAUCCCAUGAACUGUGCUUUUUAAAAAAAGGAUAUCCCAUGAACAUUUUCGUAUUAGUGUUCUUUUGAUACCUGAUUUUAUCAUCCUUUUGAAAAAAGUAAAAUCUGUUUAUAAACACUAUAAAACUGCUUGAGAGGGAGGAGCUACAGCUGUCUGCCAUUAGUAUUGCGCCUAACCAGCUGCCAGCCAAUCAGCGCUGUCUAGCCAGCUCUGCUACAAAACUCCGAUUCGGCUUCCCCAGUUCUCAGUCCUGGUGGGGCAGAAGCAAGCCAGCUCAUGCACUAAAUACACUUCUAGAAUGCAGCAAUUUCUGUUUCUUACAGCUGUCAUGUACCUCUUAAGUAAUAAUACAGAGAAAUGUACAAUUUGCCAUUUUAACAAUACACUGCUAUUAUAACAAAUGAUGUAGAUCUGAUAUUUCUCUUUCACAAUGGGUUAACUGAAACUUUUACAACAAUGAUUUAUAAGGCUGCUAGUUGUAUUUUAUUUUUGUGAAAAUAAAAUAUCCUUUGCUGCUUCGAAUGGAAUGGGAAGCUAAAAUGCUUUCCCGCGUAGAUUUUGUGCUUUUUCAUUAUAAUGUGUGAUAUCGUUGACAUUCCACUGUACGAAAUAAUAAAUGCUAAUUCCCCAA